AUGGUCCAACACGGUGUACAUGAGCCAUGGCCGAGUUGUCCAAAUCCAAGCAGGCAAAUCCAUCUGUGGCUGUGUUCCCAGGCCAGCCCAUGCUUGACGAUUGCAGUGAUGAUUAAGAUUGUUCCCAAAGGGGAAUCCGGUUUGGAAUUCAAAAGCCGAGCCUCUGUCGUGCCGGGAGCCCACCCGCUCACCAGAACAACCCCCCCAUUGACAGAACCGAACUCAGAUGAGCCAGACGGGUCCAUUGAACUCAGAAGAGGUUUUUCUCAUGUCGGGGAGUCGCUAGCAUAUGUCGCACAACCCUGGCGAUACGCCAUACACCUCAGCUACAGCCAGCUUGCAAUAUUGCAGGCAAUUGAACGUUCUCAGAGCAAAAUUCUAGCUGGAUCGCAUGCACCUACCGCCCAUGAUGCUUUUGUCAAGCGCAAGGCUCGCGGGCUCCUCAUGAAAAAGAACCUGAAAGUUUACGGCUCCGAUGUCCCUCGUGGUGCACCUGUGAUGCAGAGCGUUCGGUGGCAGCCGCGGGUGACAAUGCCGAGCUCGAUGGCGCUACGUUGGCUGGAUCUUGAAUUUGUGAGCCGGAUUUCGGGAGCUUAA